AGGCCCUACACUGGCCUUUCCAGGGAGGCUCAGAGCCAGAGCGAGCCCAUUGCAAACCCAUAGUUGGUGACUCGGCCUUGGUCUGUGACUCAGACUUAGAGCACCUUGGCUUCAAGGCACUUAGCCCCAUUUCUGGCCUUUCAUUAUCUUGAGGAAAAUUAGCCUGAGAAACCUAAGGCCAAGCCCAACCGUGAUGGGGAAGUGCCUCUGACAACCCCAUACCAGCAAUUUCCCAUGCAGCACGCAUUUCCCAGCACCCGGCUGUUAAACACCAUAUGCCUCCCUCCAUCCAACCAAGACCACAAAGCCAACUCACCAGCUUGUGUGCCAGCAGAAACUGCAAGACAAAAGAGGGAAACAAAUACUGAGCAGAAGAGGAGAUCAGGGCAGCCCUCGUGUGGCAUGGGCGUAAUUCCCGGCCCACCCCUGCUCCGGCAGUCCUAGUGCCAAGAAUCAAGGUCUCCAUGGCGGCUUGCGCUCUAGUCUCCAGGGUGUGCACCUCCUGCCCUCUUCCCAACACCACUUCCUCCUUAGUCCCCACUCCCAAAACAAGGGUGCGGGCUGAAUUGCCCUUGAAUCAAGCCAUAGACACAACCUCAACCCAAGUUCCCCCAAAAGGGCAGAAAUGAAAAGUCUUAGAGGGGAACCCUGGAAUGUCAGAAUGGAAGAGACAGAAUGGACGGGCUCACCCAUCCUGGUCCAUAGCCUUCACCUUACAGAUAGGGAAACUGAACCCAGCAGGGCAAGGUAACAGCGACCUCGUAGUCCCCCUCGGCCUCCUGGUUAUGCCCAAAUCGGGCUGGCAUUCUCAUCUCUAGCCUCCAAAUGGCUUGUCCCGGGAGCUAAAUUGAGUGUUCUCCGCACAGCAAGGAGUCCUAUUCCUUGGUUGGGGGCCCUCCCUGGUCUGAAAAGUGGGCUCCACCGGACCCAGGGCAUCUGGAGCUUCUGUCUCAGCCAAAGUGACUCUGACUUACCUAGAAGUAGCAGGGCCGUUGAGGACACCAGCUGCCACAUGCUGUCACAUUAGGGUCAGCAAGUCACUGCAGAUAUGCCGAGCUCUGAAGGGAUGCAGCUAACUAGAAGAGAGGAAGUAAAGAGUCUUUUCCCCCACCCCCUAGCUCAUUAUUCUUUAGGUUCCUUUUCCUGGAAAGUCAUCUGAUUUCUGAAUCUGAAUUCUGACAAGUGAGCCCCAGGAUGGGGCAGGCAGGGGAGGAAAAAAGCCGGAAAGAGAAGCUGAGGUGGAUGAGCACCCUCGGGUCCACAGGAGACUACAGGCAAGCAUCUAGUGACAUGGAUAAAUCUGAUCAGUCUCAAAAUAAGUUUCCCUACCUGGCGGGUUUGGAUCCACUCAGUGCCAAGAACAAGAAGAUAUCACAACCCUGGGGAUGAGACCCAAGGAGAAGGGCAUUCCCUGAAGAGGUCUCUUGUUUUCCUCCAGAACUCUCCUGCCUGGCCCAGACCCGGCUCCAUCCACCUGGACCUACCUGCCUGUAUUCAUUUAAAUCUUCAGACCCUGAGGAAGGGUCCCUCCCUGCAGUGUUGUCUCCACCAGCUUAUUUUUCAAGAAUUCAAAAUGCAUGUGUGUAGAGGUCUAUGACGCACUUCUUAGCAUGAAUUUGACCAUGAGAUUCACACCUUCUGUUAAGAGAAGCCCAGGCGAGGGGCAGGGGCUCACCAUUAAGGACCUGAAGUCAGAAGGCCGAUGAAUGUAAGCAAGACUGUGUCUGAAUGUCAUUGUCUGAUGUCAAGAGUCACUCAAGCAGAAGAGCAGAGCAGGUGGUUUAAAUUUAGCUCUGUGCAACUCACGGAAGGCUUCGUGGAGGAGUUUGGCCUUGAAGAAUGACUAUGAGUUGGCAAAAUAGCUUCGUCCACAGACAACAGCAUGAACAGAAACAUAGCAACCCAUGGCAAAUCUAGGGGACCACAAGAAGGUAGGUAUUAGCCGAGCAUAGGAUUGGAGUGGGGACACCAGUGACAGAUGCGCUCAGACGCUAUGUGCCACCCUGACGGGUACAGAUGCCACCUCCAAGCUUUGAAUAUCACCCUGAAGACAAUGGGAAGUCACUGAAGGAUUUUGAGCAGGGAGGUAACUUGAUCUGUUAGCCACUCAUGGUUUUGUUUUUAACUGUUUUUAACCAGUAUUGCCAUUUUGGAUUUUAGCCCAUCAGGGGGUAUAUAUACAGAUAUCUCGUUGUAUUUUGAAUUUGCAUCUCCCCUGGUAAGUAAUGAUGUUGCCUAUUUUUUCAUGUGCUUAUUUGGCCAUUUGGAUAUCCUCUUCUGUGAACUGUCUGUUUAAAUCCUUUGCUCACUUUUUAAUUGUGUUGUCUGUCUUCUCACUGAUGUGUAGGCAUUCCCUAUGGAUUCUUUGUCGUGGCUGCUCAUUUGUUAAAUGAUGUCUUUUGAUGAACAAAAGCUUGGACCCAAGGCGACAUCUAGGGCAACUCAGCCGGAGGAACCUUUGAGCUUCAGAAAGAAAAGGGGUUUCCCCUGCAAGGGAAGAGGGAAGGAAGGCGGCCUUCCUGAAGCCUCCGGAGCCAGGGGAGAUGACCUGCAGUCCUCAUCUCAAGGAAAAGGCUGGAAAACAAGAUACAAGGAAGCUUUCCCUCUUAAGCUAACUAUCACUCAUAGCAAUUUGGCAAAUUCUACCUUUGUAAGCAGAGUGGAAAUAUUGAUCUUUUUCUCCCUGAGGGCCCCUCCAGAAUAUGAAAACUUAACAGCUGCAUCUUCUAGUGCAGUGCCAGCCGCGUCCCCGAGACACGAUGGUGAAGGUUGGAGUGAACGGAUGUGGCUGUAUUGGGCGCCUGGUCACUAGGGCUGCUUUUAACUCUGGCAAAGUGGAUAUUGUCGCCAUCAGUGACCCCGUCAUUGACCUCAACUACAUGGUAUACAUGUUCCAGUAUGAUUCUACCCACAGCAAAUUCCACGGCAUGGUCAAGGCUGAGAAUGGAAAACUUGUCAUCAAUGGGAAGUCCAUCUCCAUCUUCCAGGAGUGAGAUCCCACCAACAUCAAAUGGGGUAAUGUUGGUGCUGAGUAUGUUGUGGAGUCCACUGGGGUCUUUUUUUUUUUUUUUUUUUUUUUUUUUACUGGGUUCUUCACCACCAUUGAGAAGGCUGGGGCUCACUGGAAGGGCGGGGCCAAGAAGGUCAUCAUCUCAGCUCCUUCUGCUGAUGCCCCCAUGUUUGUGAUGGGCGUGAACCACGAGAAGGUUGACAACUCCCUCAAGAUUGUCAGCAAUGCCUCCUGCACCACCAACUGCUUGGCUCCUCUGGCCAAAGUCAUCCAUGACCACUUCGGCAUCGUGGAGGGCCUCAUGACCACCGUCCAUGCCAUCACUGCCACCCAGAAGACCGUGGACGGUCCCUCUGGGAAGUUGUGGUGGGAUGGCCGAGGGGCUGCCCAGAACAUCAUCCCUGCUUCCACUGGCGCCGCCAAGACUGUGGGCAAGGUCAUCCCUAAGCUGAACAGGAAGCUCACUGGCAUGUCCUUCCAUGUCCCCACCCCCAACGUGUCAGUUGUGGAUCUGACCUGCCGCCCGGAGAAAGCUGCCAAAUAUGACGACAUUAAGAAGGUGGUGAAGCAGGCAUCGGAGGGUCCCCUCAAGGGCAUCCUGGUCUACACUGAGGACCAGAUCGUCUCCUGUGACUUCAACAGUGACACCCACUCUUCCACUUUCAACGCUGGGACUGGCAUUGCCCUCAAAGACCACUUCAAGCUCAUUUCCUGGUAUGACAAUGAAUUCGGCUACACCAACCAACCGGGUGGUGGACCUCAUGGUCCACAUGGCCUCCAAGGAGUAAGAGCCUCCUGGACCACCAGCCCCAGCAAGAACAAGAAGAAGAGAGAGGUCCUCAGCUGCUGGGGAGUCCCUGCCCCAACUUAAUCCCCCAACACACUGAGAAUCUCCUAAUCUCAUUUACAUCCCAGACCCUGAGGAAGGGGAGGGGCUUGGGGAGCCCUACCUUGUCAUGUACCAUCAACAUAGUAUACUGUACCCAGCCAAAUAAAAUAAAAUAACAUAA